AUGCCUCGCAUCUUACGGCAGCUGCCGCUGCUCCGCAGCAGCAGCAAGGAGGAGCGCGGCGCGCCGCUAGAACGCCCAAAGACCGCCCUUCCGUCUGCCAUCCCCGCGUGUUCUUCCGUCGGCCCCGCGCCUAGUCACUCGUCCCUCCUCGAGCGCAAGACGUCGCUCCCCUCCUUCCUCCCGCGCAAGUCUUCCGUGGAGCAGCCGCGCAAAUCCCCCGCGGAGCAGCGCUCCGCGGAGCGCCCGCUCCGCGAGGGUCCCACCGCGCUGCGCCCCAAGUCCCCGCAUCACCUGGAGUGGGUGCGCCAACUGUCGCUCUGGCAGGGCGCGCAGGCGCAGCAGGGGGAAGCGCGAGUGCAAGCGCACGGCGACGCGCAAGGAUGGCCCGCGGCGCAGGAGGCGGAAGUUCCGCGGAACGGACAGUUGAAGGCGUCGCACGUGAAGGCGCGCGGCGAAGCGCAGGGAUCGGCGCAAGAUGCACGAAAAGGGGGAGCGCGGAAGGACGAUGCGCGGAAGGGGUAUGUGUCUCGGCGGAAGCAGUUCGUGCAGCGGAUAACGAGCCGGAGCGCGGAUGCUAACUGUCUCCCUGAGUCGCCAAUUCACGAUGUGUGGGAGGCGGCGGAAGCAGGAAGGCUAGCUAUUUGGGUGGAUCAGACGGACGGCGGCGAUGAAAAAGGGACAGAAUCGGACGGUCGGGAUGCGCUGCAGCAGAAUGGGAUUGGUGCGGGGACGGCGGGGCAGUCGUAUCAGGGGCGUCAGUCUGCUGGUACUGUCCCCGAUAGUGGCGUCUUCGUUAGUGGCGUCUCCGUUAGUGGUGUCUCCGUUAGUGGCGUCUCCGUUAGUGGCGCCUCCGUUAGUAGCUCAGGAUCGACAACCGAUUACAACGUUACGGAUACCGCCAUCAGUGCGACGCCUGAAAGCCGAAUUACUACGACUAGCGGAUAUGCCACAAACGGAUCUGCUUCAAACGCGGUCGUUCCCGGAGGCUGCGGCAGCGCCGCUGCUGCUGCUGCUGCCGUCGCGACGGUUGUAGUACCCAGGAAUCAAAGCGCGGCGGCCGCCGCUGCAGUCGCGAGCGACGCUACAGCUGCUGCGGCUGUAGCGCGGAGUUCUAGCAGCAGCGCGCCGCGCAACGGCCGAUCAGCGGGCCACCGGCGGAGGUUCGUGCGCGCUGCUACCGCCAGCAGCGCUUCCAUGGAGCUGCGCGGUUGGGACGGGGGGAGCGGGGAGAGGGACGGGGAAGGGGGAGGUGAAGGGGAAGGGGAAGGAGAAGGGGAAGGGGAAGGGGAGGGGGAGGGGGAAGAAGCGGGGCGGUUAGAAGGGGGGAGGGAGAGGGGAGCAGAGGGGGAAGCAGAAGGGGAAAUGGCUGCAGUCAAGGCUGCGUUUCAGGCUCGGAGGUCCCAAACCUUGUCCGGACGAGUUGUGCUUUCCUCCCCGAGCCCACCUGGUAGCUUCGACAGCACGUUUGGCAGCACCUUUUCCCAAACCGAAUCUUACGGCAGUGACUGUAGCAGUGUGACUAUAGGAGGGGGGCAAGGGAGAGGAGGAGGAGGAGAAUUUGGGAGAGAAAGGGGAAAAGAACGCGGAUGGCGCGCUGGAGCUCAGAAUCUCUCAGGUGCCGACGUGGCUGCUGACCUGGCAGCAGCAGCUGCAGCUGGAGGUGACACGUCAGCCGCAUCCGACCUGUCACCGGCCGACACGGUGGCAGCAGGGAUAGUCGCUUCCGCGUUAUUCACCCAGAGGUCCCACACCAUGCGGAACCGCAUGGUACCGCUCACCACCAUGGCGGUUACCACCCCCAGAGCCCCCGGCACUGCUGCUGCUGUGGCAACUCCUGGGCGGAAGGGGGGCAGGGGGAAGGGGAGGCGGGGGGGCCGUCCGCCUACUCCUUCUGUAGGGGCCGCGGCUGUGGUUAGUGCAGGGGUAAGCCCAGGGGGAGGUAGAUCCAGUGCAAGUGGUGCACGGGUCAGCCCAGGGGGAGGUAGAUCUGGUGCAGGUAGUUUUAGAAGGAGGUCUGCUGGAGUGGUGAGCCCAGGAGGGGGAGAAACGCAGGAGGAGCUAUCGUUCGAAAUGACGAUUCACCAUCCAGCAGAGGUGCUAUUUAUCGAACCACAGGAGAGCGAGAUGAUGACUGGCCAUCCACCACCACAGACAGGGGUAGGAAACGGCGAGAUGAGGAUACACCACCACCCACCCGAGGUGCUGUUUAUCGAACCACCAGUGCCGAGGUCACAGGUGGUGGGAGGAUCUAUGGGGAGGGCGGCGGAACGCGCGCAGGUGCUAACUGGGGGAGGUGCAACUGGGAGGGCGCAGGUGCUAUCUCUGGAAGUGCCCUCCCCCGGGCCUUCCCCUGGGCCUAGCUGUGGGAUGGACUGGGAGGGGAUUGAGAUUGGGGAGGAGGAACGGGAGGAGGGAGAGGAGGAGGGGUGGAUUGGGGAGGAGGGGGAGGGGGAAGGGGCAGGGGAAUGGAGGGGGGAAGGGUGGGCGGGAUGGAGAGAGAGGGGGAUGGGCGGAGCAGAGGACGAAGGGGAAGGAGAGGAGGAGGAGGAGGAGGAAGAAGAGGGGGAGGAGGAAAGAGAGGAAGGAGAGGAGGAUGAUGCGGAGUUUUGUUCGCCUACGUGGCGCGAGUGGCAUCACUCGGCGUUUUCUAGGGAGGGCGAGUUUGUGGGGCAUAACUCGGGGUUUCUUGAAGAGGGGGAGAUGGGGGAAGGCAUGGGGGUGGGGGGUAGAGGGGGAGCAGCAGGGGAUGGUGCAAGGGGUGGCGAUGACGCAAGAGAGGGGGAUGGUGCGAGGCAGGGUGGAUGGCAAGAGGGCGCAGUGGUGGGCAUAGACUCUGACGAGUGCAACAUGCCCCUAUCCACUGGGAGCAGCGGCCCUCCCCAUUCCUCCUCCAUUUCGCCCCCCCCUUCCGUUUACAGCUGCGCCUCCCCCCAUCCCUCCCCCAUCCCAAUUCCCUUUCCACCACUUAACCCCCUUCUCUCCCCUUCCUCCCCCCCUCUCUCCACCAACUCCCCCCCAAACCCUCCCCUGCAGGCCCCUAUCCGCUGGAAGCAGCGCCUCCCCCUUUCCAGCAUCCCACAGGCCUCCACAAAUCUCUCCCUCCCCCCUGAACCCUCCCCCCCCUCUCAAUCCCCCUCCCUCUCUCCCCAAACCCUCCCCUCUCAAUCCCCCUCCCUCUCUCCCCAAACCCUCCCCUGCAGGCCCCUAUCCGCUGGAAGCAGCCCCUCCCCCCUUCCAGCAUCCCACAGGCUCCCACCCCGCUCUCCCCUCCCCCGAACCAAGAAGCCAGGUUCGGGAGCCUCCGUACCUGUAACGCCGAACCAGACCAGUGGCCCAGGCUGGGGGGUUGCCGAGCCUGAGGCCCCGAGCCGAAUCAGCUCGGAUCGGAGCCCUGGUUACCCUGUUACUGGUAUGAGGAGGAGUAAGAGCACUCCUAGGAUCAAGAAGGGAGGGGGAGAAGGAGGCGGGGAGGUGGAGAGAGAGAGGUUAGUGGUAGUGGGAGAGAGAGGAGGAGCAGCAACAGUUGCAGAGAGAAGGGAUGUGGACACGCAGCUGCUUUUGCAGCAGCACGGGCAGCAGCAGCAGGAGCAGCAGCAGCAGCAGGGACAGCAGCAGCAAGGGCAGCAGGGGGGGCUGGGUGCAAAAGCAGGGAGGUCGAGGGUUGUUCAGCGCAGAUCCAGCAGCUAUCAUGGUGUUCCGGGUUCAGGUGGGGAGGCAUCUCGGGUGGUAACUUUCAGCACUGCUGCGGCCGCUGCGGCUUUUGAGGCGCCUCAAAACAGAUCCAGCAGCUAUCAUGGUGUUCCGGGUUCAGGAGGGGAGGCAUCUCGGGUGGUAACUUUCAGCACUGCUGCGGCUGCUGAUGGUGCUGGUGCUGCUGCUGCUGCUGCUGCUUCUGCCAUGCCCUAUUGCGCCUCAUCUGCUGCUGUCCCUCCUACUCCCACUUCUGCUUCUGCUGCAUCCGCGAAACGCCAAGAGGCCAAAGCGCUAAGAGGCCGCUCCAGAUCACUCGUUGACGAUCGCACUUCGAACCCCUUUGCCAACGCCGAUCCCGUUACUGUUAGCGCUGCUGCCGCCGCCGCCACUGCUCCUGCUGAGAGUACAAAUUCUGUGCCAAUGCGAAGGGCCGAAACACUCAGAGGUCGUUCCAGGUCACUUGUGGAAGACGGCAGAGCAGAACCCUUUGGUUUGCAGACGCGUUUCGAGCCACCAGCUUCACGGCUGGACCAGUCUGUUUCAAUGAGGCGAGCUGAGACGCUGAGAGGUCAGUCUAGCAGGGGAAUCGACCUACGGGGUAGUGCUGCAGAGCAGCAGCAACAGGCGGUUGAAAUGAGACGAGCAAAAACACUCAGGGGACCGUCUAGAAGCGACCAAAAGGGUUGUGCUCUAGAGCAGCAGCAGCCAGUUGAUAUGCGGCGAGCAGAGACGCUGAGAGGAAGGCCUAGAUCGGACUUGAGGCGUAGUGCUUCAGAGCAGCAGCAGCAGCAGCAGCAGCAGCAGCAGCAGCAGCAGCAGCAGCAGCAGCAGCAGCAGCAGCAGCAGCAGCAGCAGCAGUCAAUCGAUAUGCGACGAGCAGAAACACUCAGGGGACCGUCUAGAAGCGACCAAAGAGUAGAGCAGCCACAGCCAGUCGAAAUGCGCCGAGCAGAGACGCUUAGCGGGAGGCCUGAAAACGUGCAAGUGAAUCUGCCAGUCCAGAAAGGCGAUUACCGGGAGAUGAGGCGAUCUGAGACGCUCAGAGGGCGGGCGAGAUCUUCCCAAUUGGAUCCGACGGUUCAGAUUCAAAGCGGGCUGGAGAUGAGGCGAGCAGAGACGCUGAGAGGGAGGGGGAAAUCAGACCGAAUGGGUGAUUCUACAGAGCAGCAGCAGCAUCCAGUUGAUAUGCGGCGAGCAGAGACGCUGAGAGGACGGACGAGAGCAGAGCUUAUUGUCUCUCCUGUUGGUGUGCCUCCUUACAGUGUGUCUCCUUAUAGUGCGUCUCGUUACAGUGUGUCCCCAUCCUGUGUGCCUGCUCACAAUGUGUCUCCUUAUAGUAUGUCUCCUCACAAUGUGUCUCCUUAUAGUAUGUCUCCUCACAAUGUGUCUCCUUAUAGUGUGACUCCUACGUUUGAGUCCCCAACCGCCGUGGACACGUGUGCAAAGACAUUAGAGCCAAGUUUGGGGAGGCAGCAAGCAGCAACGCUCAGAGAAAGGAGCAGGAGCAUUUCUGGGGAGGAGAGUGUGUGGACGAGGCGAGGGGAGAGUGGUGCUGGUGCUGCUGAUGUGGGAGAAGGUACGUGGAGGAGCAGAAACAGGAGCACUUCAGGGGAGGAGGAGAGCGAAGGCAUGAGGCGAAGGGAGAGUGGUGGUAGUGGUAGUGCUGGCGGUGGCGGUGUUGCUGCUGCUGCUCCGGCUGCUGCGGCUGCUGAUGUGGGAGAAGGUACGUGGAGAAGCAGAAGCAGGAGCACUUCAGGGGAGGAGGGUGAAUGCUCGGGGCGAGGGAAGAGUGGUGGCGGUGGUGGCGGUGCUGCUGCUGCUGCUGCUGCUGCUGCUGAUGAUGAUGAUGAUAUGGGAGAAGGUAACUGGUGGAGCAGAAGCAGGAGCAUCUCAGUUGAGGAGGAAAGUGAAGGCACGAGGCUAAGGGAGAGUGGGGGGAUAGGCGCAGGAGAGAGUGUGCGGAUGAGACGAGGUGAGGGGUUGCGAGGGCAGAAUGGGGUGAGGGAUGUUACAGAGGUGGGACGAUCGGGGGGUGAGAAGAGGUUGGGCGGAAUGGGGAUGAGAGUGAGAAGCGGGUCAGAUCUGGAUAGAAUGGGCGAGGGGGAGGUUGUGGAGAUGAGACGAGCAGAGACACUGCGAGGGGAGGGUGGGAGGAGUGGUGGGAGGAGUGGUGGGAGGAGGAUGGGAGGUGAGAGUGGGAAAAGGGUUGGGAGAGGGGUGGAAGGUGCAGGAGGGGUGAAGGGUGGAAAAGGGGGUGGUGCGAGAGGGGUUGGGGGCAUGAGAGUGAGAGCAAGGAGUGGUUCUGAACUGAGUGAGAUGGGCAAGGGGAAUGUGGAGGAAAGUGGUGCGGUGGAAAGAGUUGCAGAGGGAAAAGGUGCUGUGGAGAGCGAUGAGGGGAGAGUUGUGGGUCCGGUGGUGGGUGGUGCAAGAGGGCAUGCAGCGGUUGGGGAGCAACAUGCAGGUGUAGAGAUGCGAAGACAAGCCGGGGGCAUGAGAGUGAGAGCGAAGAGUGGGUCUGAACUGUGUGAGAUGGGCAAAGGGGGUGUGGAGGAAGGAGGUGCGGUAGAGAGUGGCGAGGGAAGCGUUGUGGGUUUGACGGUGGGUCCGAUGGUGGGUGGGGAACAGCAGCAGCAGCAUGCAGUGGCGAUGCGACGAGUGGAGACCAUGCGAGGGCGAGUCGAGCAAGUGCGGGUAAUGCGGGGGGAGCAGCAGAUGAUGCAGCAGGGACAGCAGCACGGGCAGCAGAAGGGGCAGCAGAAGGGGCAGCAGAAGGGGCAGCAAGUUGCAGUGCAUACCGGCCCUAGGCUGAACGGCAAUGCACCUGCUGUUGGUGCUGCUGGUGGUGCUGCUGGUGGUGCUACUGCUGCGGAGAGAAAAGGAAGUGGGCGAAGCUAUCAGAUGCGGCGAUCCCGAACCUCCUCUAAUCAGAGGCUCACCCACACCCCCUCCCCUGAAGGGGAAACUAUGGCUGGCGGGGCGGAUGGGAGGGGAGAAGGGCAGGUGGGGGAGUUGCGGCGAGCAGAGACAACUAGAGGACGGGGCAGCAGCAUUGCCAGCACGAGCACUUGGAGCACGAAGAGCAGAGGGCGGCACUGCAUGCGGCGAUCCAAAACCUCCUCCACAGAGCGCCUCCUCUCCCUCUCGCUCUCCCCCUGCACAGAGCAACAACCCUGCACAGAGCAACAACCCGUGGCAGGACCACCCAAUGAAAUGGCUGCUCAUGGGAGCGAGUCGAGGCGAGGAGGGAGCGUGAGGGAGCGGGGGCGGAAGAAGAGGCUGAAUGCGUGGGAUGUGUUUGGGGACGAAGAGGAUGUGAUUGGGCGGGAAGGGUGUGUGGUGGUGCUCCAAUCAAGUGCUGCCAGGUGUUCUCCUCCUACCGGCUCCUCCCCUCCACUGGGUUUCGCUCCCAGCAUGUUUGAGAAAUUGGCGCCUGCCCGGAGUUUCACAUCUGCCCGGGAAGAGGGGGGGGUUGACUCGAGUCCACCGCUGGUGCGGUCAAAGUCUGAAAAGAGGGUGACGGGGUGGAGAGGACAGGAGCGGGAGGGUUUUGAGAAUUCUCAAAAGCCACCUGUAUCAGUCACGGAUGUCAUAUCUGCCUGGGAGGAGGAGGGGGGUAACUCAAGUCCACCGCUGCUGCAUUCAAAAUCAGAUAGGAGGGUGGCGGGGCGGAGAGGACAGGGGCGGGAGGUUUUUGAGAAUUCUCAAAAGCCACCUGCAUCAGUCAGGGAUGUCAUUUCUGCGUGGGAGGAGGAGGGGGACGUUGACUCGGGUCAACCUCUGGUCCAUCGGUCAAAAUCGGACAAGCGGGUGGCGGGGCGGAGAGGAGCAGGCCGGGAUGGAGUUAAAGGGAAGGAAAUUGUGGAAUUGAGAGGAGAUGAGAUUGUGGGAGGGCGAGAGACGGUGGAGGGGACGGGGAUGCGCCGUGCAGUGAGCGUGCAAGGAGGGUUGGGUAGCCGUAUAGAGGCAUGGUCACAGCAGCAGCAGCAGAAGAAACAACAGCAGCAGAAGCAGAAACAACAGAAGGAGGAGGAAAAGCAGCAGCAGCUGCAGCUACAGGAGGAGGAGGAGGAGGAGGAGGAGGAGGAGGAGGAGGAGGAGGAGGAGGAGGAGGAGGAGGAGGAGGAGGAGGAGGAGGAGGAGGAGGAGGAGGAGGAGGAGGAGGGGCAGCAGCAGAACAAUCGGAUGCAGCAGGGGGAGAGACAGAGGCAGCCUCACAGACACGCGUCUAUGCCAGCUCGCACGCCGAGAGGGACAAGCCUGAUGGAGAGAGAGUGGGCGAAAGGGGAGAUUGGCUCAACUCAACCCGUCAAGCCCAUGAGAAGUGAUGAUGGAGGGAAAGGUGGGAGGAAAGGGACGGGUGUAGCGGUCACAGGAGCUGGGAGAGAGGAGGGGAAAGGGAGAGGAGAGGACGAGAGGCGGAGGCAGGGAGGGGGCGAGGAGGAGGGAGGGGAGAAGCAGCAGCGGGUGAGAGAGAAGGAGGCGUUGAGAGAGAUGGAGAGGGAGAUUAGGGUGAUGUGGGAAAGAAGGGCGCUGGAGCGUGCUGCAGCCAGACGGGCUGGUGAGAGCAAGAGGGAUGGGGAGAGUGGGGAGGUGGUUCAAGGUGGGAGUGAGUGUGGAGGAGAGCAGCGAGGGUUGGAGAGGAGGAGCAAGAGUGUAGGUGAGGGUAGGUUGAGAGGAAGAUGUGGGGUGGUGUGUGAGGGAGUAGCAGUUGAAGGAGGAGGAGGGAUAGAGGAGGCGGAUUUAGAGGAGGAGGAGGUUCCAAGCUACCCUCCAUUAAGUCGCAGCCGCACUCAACCCUCUCGCCUGCCUUCUAACCCAUGCACACCGCGUUACACCCACCUCCCUCCCUUCUCACCGCAUGCCUCCCUCCUUGCGCCGUUGUCCCUCACCGAACCUGGCGCCGAACCUGUUUUCCAAGCCGCAUACCACUAUGAUCUGGUGCAGCCGCUCUCCCCAGACCCGCAGGUCUGGGAGGAGCCUGAGCCUGAAACCGAACCUGAGACCGACCCCCGAGCCAAGCGCCGUGGCUUCCGAGACCGGCUGUUCGGCCGAAGCUCUAGCGGAGGUCGGGACAAACUUGCAGAGGUGGGCAGGGAAGUGAAGGUGGUGAAGCAUGGGACUCAUGGAGGGAGUGUGGGGGGGAUGGAAGGCCGAAACAGCCUGUUUGGGCGAGACGGGUCGUAUGGGCAAGACAGCAUGUUUGGGGGAGAAGGGUCGUAUGGGAAGGGGGGCGCAUGGGGGCUGGAUGGCAGUGGUGGGAGAAUGAGCCGUGACGGGUCUCUCAACCAACAUGCUGCCACGAUGAGCCGAGAUAGUUCCCUCAACCAGAGUGGUGUGUUGAGCCGAGAUGCAUUGUUUGCACGGGACGGGCUAGGCGAGAACGCUGGUGGUGGUGUUGGUGGUGCUGACAGACAGGUUGAGUCCGGUACUGAGGCUAGCAGUGCGGUUCCUUUCUUGCCACAGGUGAAGCACCAAGCAGAGGCAUACAGAGAGAGUGGCGGCAGUGGCACCAGCAGCAGCGGGCACAAAGGUGGCCGCUUCUCCCUGAGAAGACACCUGCAGCGGCUUAAAAGCGGCGAGGCUAAGGCUCCGGUUAACUCUCCUUUACCCCGGGUAGUAGACUCGCUGUUUGAUUUUUCCCCUGACGAGGCUGCAGGUGUUUCCUCCCCUACGCUCUCCUCCUCCCCUUCCCUCUCCUCUUUCUGGGCUGGUAUGUUCUCCCGAACCCAGACCGGGAGCCGCCUGUCAGGCUCGGUAAGCAGCUGGGGAGGCUCGGGAAGGGGGAGUAGGGAUGGGGAUGGGUUGAACGAGGUUGCUUCCGCUGCUUUUGCCACUGCUACUAGUGGUGGUGGUGGUGGUUGCGUUUCUGCUUUUGACAGUAACAGUUACGACGGGGACAGUGUUGUGCCGAUGCGGAGGAGCAAAACGGAUGGGAGGAGGGACUAUAUCGAGAAAGGAGUGAUCCCUGUGAGCAUGAGCGAGAGCAUGAGUUUUGCAGAGAACGAGCUAGUGAAUGUGAUGCGACGGGGGGGUAUGAAAGGGAUGAUGGAAGGGAUGGAUGGGAUGAGGGGAGUGGAGGCAGGAGAGGAGGAUGCAGAUGUGGAAGGGGCAUAUGAGGCAACGGUGUUUACACCUCUCAAGGUGCCCAAGGGCCAAGUCUCCUUCCUGGGCAAGUGA